ACUAGUUAUGUUUCGUCGUGACUCUUAGACACUCGUACUGUGUGUAGUGUUUAUUAAGAAAUAGCGGUCCGAAGGGCGCCGGUUCAGCUACUUAUUAUUUAAAAAAAUUGCUGACAAUGGUGCUCAAACUAUACGCUGUAUCAGAUGGCCCGCCAUCGUUAUCCGUCAGACAAGCUUUAAAAUAUUUAGACGUCCCCUUCGAACUGAUAAAUGUUGAUUAUGGCAGAGGUGAGCACAUGACUCCGGAAUAUGCACAGAUGAAUCCCCAAAAAGAAAUUCCUGUGUUAGACGAUGAAGGUUUUUUUCUAAGCGAAAGCAAUGCUAUAUUGCAAUAUAUUUGCGACAGUUAUAAGCCAACUUCAGAUCUAUACCCGCAGGAUCCUAAAUUACGGGCGAUCGUGAAUCAUCGACUUUGUUUCAAUCUUUCAACAUAUUAUGCUAAUAUAUCUGCAUACACGAUGGCGCCGAUAUUUUUCGACUAUAAACGUACAGAUUUAGGACUCAAGAAAGUUACAAUGGCUCUGGAAGUUUUUGAAACGUAUUUAAAGAAGUUGGGAACAAGUCACGUGGCCUCUAAUCAUCUAACGAUUGCAGAUUUUCCUCUUUUUAAUUCUACUAUGACUUUGGAAGCCAUUAACUAUGAUUUCAGUAAAUACACAAAGAUUUAUAACUGGUAUAAUAAUUUUAAGAAAAAUUAUCCCGAAUUAUGGAAAAUUUCCAAGGACGCUAUGACUGAAAUCCAGUAUUUCGCAGAGAAUCCUCCUGAUUUGUCCAAUCUUAACCAUCCUAUUCAUCCGAUUCGUAAAAUAAAUAAAUAAUGUAAUAUUGGAUUCA